GCUCAACAAACAGUUUGAGAGGAUUUAAAAGCUCAGCUUUCUGGGAAAGAUGUGUCUUCAGACAAACAAAAUAUUAAUAGUGCUCCUUCUCUGCCAGGCUUCAUCAUCAGUAAAAAAUUCAUUGACAAUUUUUGCCAUUAUUUCGACUGGAAUCAGGGAUCUUCCAGAUCUGUUUACAAUAGUAAUUGAUGAAAUUCAAGUGGAUUACUAUGAGGGCAACGGAUUUAGAAAACCAAGCUCAGUUCUCUGGAAGAACAUAUCAGAUUUCUAUCAGUCGCCGAUAUUCUCUAAAGAAGUAUUAAACUCUCUGGAUGUUGGUUUUACUGAAUACUUAAUCAGGCUGGGAACCUUAAAUCCAGAUGAAGAUGUUCAUGUUUUACAGUGUAUGCUUGGCUGUGGACUGGAUGAAACGCCUCCUGAAAAUGUCAUUUUUCAGCAGUGUGGCUACAAUGGAGAAGAUUUCAUGAAACUAUACUCCACAAAUAUGACAUGGACUGCUCAACAACCUUUGGCUGAACAAUUAAAACCGCUGUGGGACUCUGCCCAGGACGGAUUAAACAACAUAACACUGUUUUUGACACUGAUUUGCCCCCAAAUGCUAAAACAGUUUGUGUCUCUUAGCGCUCUGCAGAGAGAAGAUCUCACUUCUGUCGCUCUCCUCCAGAAGACCCCUUCCUCUCCUGUCCGCUGUUUUGCCACAGGUUUCUACCCAAACACAGCUGAGAUGUUCUGGAGGAGAGAUGGAGUGGGGAUUCAAGAGAAGCCCAGUGAGAUCCUACCAAACCCCAAUAACACUUACCAGAUGAGUGUUGACCUCAAUGUUUCGUCAAUUGAAUCUGAAGACUGGAAGAGAUAUGACUGUGUGUUUAAGCUCAAUAAUAAAACCAUACUAACCAGACUGGAAAAAGGAGCAAUCAUUACCAACUGGGAUCCAGCAUCUCCUCCCCCUUCCCCAUCAUCUUCCCCUUCCUCUUCCUCUUCUUCCUCUUCCUCUGAGUUUCCUCUUGGUUUGGCCAUUGGACUUGUUGUCGGAUUGAUUCUGUUGUGCUUCUGCAUAAGUGGACUCUUUCUUUGGAAAAAUGCCAACAACGCUUCAAAACUUCCUGACACAAGCUCAUAUCCCACCUAUCCAAGAACCAUUGAAAAUUGUCAGCGUAAUUUUGAAAUACAAUAAGUUUAUGAUUGAAAUCUGCUUGUGUGUGGGAUCAAAAGGAAAGACACAGCAAAAACUAUUAUAAAACCAAACUUACUUGUGACUGAUUUCUUAAUAAUCACAAGUAUGUGAGCAAUUAAAUUGUCAUGUAGGAUAAUCGGACGUGGCAAGAGUUAGAUAAAUAUAUUGUCUUAACUUUUAUAUAAACUGAAAUAAAAGGAUUAUUUUAAUGAGUAAACAUGCAGCUUUUAUCCAUCUUGCUGGCAGUUCCAAACUUUAAGUUCUGUUUAUAAUUAUACUGUAUAUUUUGCACAUGAUUAUCUUGAAAUAAGUUGCUUUGCAUGACAAUUUGUCAGAUCAGUGUAUAACCUGAAUGAUGAACAAUGUCCUAAUUAAUUAACUUCUUCCUGCUUUUUA